AUGUUUUCAAGACCAAUACAGCGUUCUGAUAGGAAAAAUCAAAACACUAUCAAAGUUGUCGCGGGACAGCCAGCCAUCAGUAGUAAAGCAAGACUUCGAGGUAGAGGAGAUCUGGGCGGCUAUAGUCUAGGAAGUAACCUACUCGAAUGGCAUGAACUUCAAAAUUGGCAGCAAGACAAUGAAUACAUCUUAUCAGGAUAUAGACCUGCCUCGAAUUCACUCCUCGCGUCUCUACGGAGCUUAUGUCAUAUACAUAACGAGACAAUCAACAUAUACUCUCAUCUAUUCGGCUCGAUACUCUUCGCCACUCUUCCAUUUUCUCUCUAUAGACAAAUCGCUCCACGUUAUGCCACUGCAACGAUAGCAGAUAUUGUCGUGUUCUCGACGUUUUUCUUUGGAGUAGCUAUUUGUUUUCUACUUUCAGCUACUUUCCAUCUUCUAGCGAAUCACAGUAAGAGGGUUAAUGCACUUGGCAAUCAACUCGAUUAUCUAGGGGUGGUCAUCUUGAUGUGGGGUUCCACGAUCCCGACUGUUUAUUAUGGAUUUUACUGCGAUCCAGCUAUUCAGGAAACAUAUUGGACAAUGGUAUCGCUCUCGGCAGCGGCCUGUGCAGUCACAACUCUCCAUCCCAAGUUCCGUCAUUCGGCCUUUCGUCCAUAUAGAGCAAUUAUGUACAGUUGUCUAGGGCUUUCCUCUAUCACCUUCGUUAUUCAUGGUCUCAUACUUUACGGGUAUGAAACGCAAAAUUGGAGAAUGAGUUUAGAUUGGAUGGGCAUCAUGGCUGGGUUCAAUUUGUUUGGUGCUUUUGCUUAUGCUGCAAGGAUACCAGAGAAAUGGUUUCCACGUCGACACGACAUCUUAGGUUCAAGUCAUCAGAUUCUCCAUUUUAUGGUUAUUUUUGCGGGAUUGGCACACAUGGCUGGGCUUUUGAGAGCAUUUGACCAUAUACACUCAGAUACAUUCCAGUGUGUUUGA